AUGUUGGAAGCUAUCACAAACACAUCUCUCGGCGAUGAUGUGCUGCAGGAAGAUGCCGUGACUUGCUCGCUGGAGAAGUCUGUUGCCGAGUUAACGAAUCAUGAAAGUGCUCUGCUGGUGAUGUCUGGAACCAUGGGGAACCAGGUGGCUAUCCGAACUCAUCUGACACAGCCGCCGUACGCAGUUCUGUGCGACCACCGCGGCCACAUCAUUAACUAUGAAGGAGGAGGUGUGUCAACCUGGACCGGAGCCUAUGUCAAGGGAAUUGUGCCCAAAAAUGGAAGGUAUCUCACUCUGGAAGAUAUCAUGCCCCAUGCCGUACUGGGUAACGAUAUACAUGGCUGUCCGACACGGGUGAUCAGCCUUGAAAAUACCCUGGAUGGCAUGAUAAUGCCGCUUGAUGAGAUGAAACGGAUUUCUGAGUGGGCACAUGCAAAUGGGCUGAAAGUGCACCUUGAUGGAGCUAGGCUGUGGGAAGCCGUUGUUGCUGGAGCUGGAAGUGUUUCUGAGUUCAGUUCUUUGGCAGACAGUGUCAGUCUUUGCUUCUCGAAGGGUCUUGGUGCUCCAAUUGGGAGUGUCCUCGCUGGGUCGAACGAGUUCAUCCAAAAAGCCCGCUGGUUCAGGAAGACGAUUGGCGGAGGGACUAGACAGUCCGGUAUUAUCGCUGCCGCAGCACAAGUUGCUCUCAAUGAAACAUUUGGCAGUGGGCCAAAUGGCAAAGGUGGAAAGCUACUUGUAAGCCACGAAAUGGCUAGAAAGAUUGCAAAGUUAUGGACCGAGAAGGGCGGAAAGCUCAAAAACCCAGUGGAAACCAACAUGGUGUGGCUUGAUCUCGAGUCAUGCAAGUUGUCAAACGAAGACUGGAUUGAGAUCGGCCGACAGCAUGGCUUGAAGUUUCUAGGCGGCCGGCUUGUGGUACACUACCAGAUAAGCGAGGGGGCUAUUGCGAAGUUGGACAAGGCUAUGGACUCUGCAAUUAGCGGUAACUUCACUCCGGCUGCUAAGAAUGAAAAGAAUGGACAAUAUUGCGGCCAGGCAUAA